CGUGUUUAAGCGUGUGUUUCACAUUCAACGUCCGGUGGUUAGUUGAACAUGGGUCGUUCGAAGCAGUUGUUAAAUAAUUCAACAAUUAAAUCUCCAAAGCCUAGUGCUACUCCGGAAUCAAAAAACAAGCAUCUCGUCAACGGCAAAGGCACUCCAUUGAGAGGUGGAUCAAAGCGUCCAGUCCCUGUCGGCAGCGACGAUAGUGAUGUAGAGGUUGAGACAGGUGCGUUGGGCGGUGAUGCAGGUGAACUAAGGAUGUCACAUAAGAAACUGAAGCUGGCGACUGAAAAGGGGAUAGAACUGCAGGAAAAAGAUCUUAUCAGUGAAGAUGAAGAGGAUGAUGACGAAGAAAAUGAUAGUGCGGAAGAAGAGGAGGAGGAGGACGAAGAGAAUGGAGAUGAUGACGAUGACGAAAGCGAAGAGGAAGAUGACGACGACGAUAGUGAGGAGGAAGACGACGACGAUAGCGAGGAAGAAUCUAGUGAAGGAGAGGAAGAAAGUAAUAAAGACAAUUCAAAACUGAAUGCUGAGAAAGGUAAAGCCAUCAACAACCUGGUUGGGUCAAAGGCUGUCCAAAAACCUGGUUCGAUGUUGAACAAUGAGAAGUUGACGGAAAAUAAGGCAUCAAGCAUACCGAGUAAAGUGACUGAGGGGUCUGAGCCACAAAGCAGUACAUCAGGCAAGGUCCUCAUACUACAUGGACCUGAUAACUUGAAUAGUUUAAAAGAAUUCCUUUCCAAAAUUAGCCCAGUGACCAGCAUAAGCAGGAUGGAACCAGCACCCAUAAUGGCUACCAUCGCUAAUAUAAGCAUUUUCAAAAGUCGAUUAAAGUCAGGAAAGUUGAUGUUUCACGGGAAGGAGCUCGAAGUAAUACCUGUAGAUAGAGUCGAGGACGCUAAUAAAGGAAUGCAACCCACCAAAACUUUGUUCGUAGGUGGAAUUCCAAAAUCCAUGACAAUUGAACAACUAAAAAGUCAACUCCCCAACAACUGUCAACCUGUUUCCCUAAAUUUGCUGGAUAAAAACCAUAAAAUCAAUAGUGCAUUUAUGUCCUUCUCCUCUAUUGAUGUUGCUAAGCAAGCUCACCAAAUUUUCAGUUCUUUAACCGUGGAAGGUCAAUUGUUCAAAGCUAACUUCGCUAAAGAUCAACAGCCUCGAGCUGGUCCUGAUGGUUCCGUAAGAGUCGCAGUUUCAAAUUGGGAUGGUCAUCCGAACCAGUUGCGUAAGCUAUUCCCGACAUGUUUAGACGUUCAGUGGAUUCAGAAAAAACGGUGAGUAAAGUUAGUUUUCGGCGAAUUGGUUCAAACAUUUCGUAAACUAGUCACUCACUUAAGUUAUUUAGCGUCAGUUACUAUCGGUCUUACAUUUUCUUCUUCAUACAGAAAGGCAUUUCUUAAAUUUCCUUCCUUGGAAGUCCGAAAGGCUGCUGUCUCACAGCCAAAGUUCCAUGCCGGUAAACAGCUGAAACUGGCAUUAACAGGAGGACCAGAGCUCAAGACUGCCAUCGUUUGGGGUUUUCCAGCUGACACAAAAGAAUCAGACAUCAAAGGAUUAUUUGGUGGCGUCGUUUCGGUGUCACGUGAUACAACUACAGGGAACCAGAGCGCGUAAGUAUAUUAAUAUCUUGAUAGCUGCCUUUGAAACUAAAUUGUUACUGCCUUUAUCUCAUUUUGAUUAGAUCAGUUUGUCCGUAACGUCUGACAGUGUAUUGCCUUGUUUCAGAUCCAUGACUGUCGAGUUUGAAACCGCUGCAGAUUGUAACAAUGCAAUUUCCUCAAACGCAACUCUGAAAGGUCGCCGCGUGACAAUAUUUUUGAAAGGUAUGUAGAAUGAUAAUUGAAAUUUUACCUCGAAAGUUUUGAUUUGCUCACAUUACAUGUCAUCCAGACACCAACUUACUAGGAUUUUCGCUUCAAUCUCUCGAGUUUUUGCCUCACUAAACUAACCCGUAUUUCUCCUUCAGAUGUCUUUGUUGAUGAUUGUGCUAACAAUCAACAGAAGCAUUCUGUAACAUCUGAGAAGAAAGCUAAACGUGAGUUUGUUUCGGUUUGUUUUGUAUGUUUGUUCGCAAUUGUGCUGUCUUUCUAAAGGUUUUUGGUGUUCAUUAUAGCUGUAGAAGUAGGCGUUUCGAAGGUCAAGGCUGCUCACAAAGUUUCGAAGGCAGAGGAAGUGAAUGACGCAGAUGACAUUGAGGAUGAGAAUGCCGACGAAGAGGACGAAGAUACAAGUGAAGAUGGCGACGACAGUGACGAAGACGAUGAAAGUGAAGAUGAAAGCGAGGAAGAAGAGGAUGAAAGUGAAGACGAAAGUGACGAAGACGUUGAUAUGGUCUCACCUAAAGGCAAGGAGAAAAAGCAGUUUCCUGGCUUACACGACAAAAAGCUGGUGGAUUUCCGAAAGCAGACAACCGUUCAGGAGAUCAAAGCAACUUCAAAGCGCAGCACAAAUUUGGUGGUGAUUUCAAGCGCAACUCGUUUCGUGGUCGUGGUGGUCGAUCUCGCGGCCGCGGUGGUCAGUCGCCCCACGGUCGUGGUGGCCAGUCUUUCCGUGGUCGUGGUGGUAACCGUGGGGGCUGGUCAAAACGCGGUGGUUCUGAUUAAAAAACUUGAUUGCUCUGUAAAUUCAAAUUGCAAAUAAAUCUUUGUAAAUG